AUGGGGCCAACCCAAAUCCCCACUGAAACUGAUCUAGGAGGAUGUGAAGGUGACCAUGUAGCAACCACUUUGGUAAUGGAAAAGAGAGCUAGUGAAGAUCUCAUCAGAGAAAGCCUCAAGCUAGGAAGAAGAACCAGCUCUUCAUAACUGCACUGUGGGGCUCUCAGGAGCAGAGGAAGAGCAGUGACUCUUCAGGAUCACUGUCAGGGAACGUUGGGGACCUCACAGCAAGAUGGAGGGUGCAAGAAAUCCUUCUCACCCACGAAAACAAGAGCUAUUUUGAAAGUUGUCAGGAAGAGCAUUUGCACCAUUGUCCUUCUUACCAUCACUGCAGUCACAGGAGCUGCAGGGAACAACAGAGUGUCAGUGACUGUGGGUGACAGCUCAGUACUCACCUGCUUUAUCAAAGGACAAAUAAGUAUGCUAACAUGGACAAUAACCCCCAAGGCUGGAGGCCCUUGUACCUUGGUAUACAGGAUUGAUACAAACAUGACACACAGAACAAACUGCAGUGACAACAUAAACUGGACAUUCAGGAGCGGUCUGGCUCCUGCCCUUGAGAUAAAGCAAGUGGAAAUAGCCCAGGAGGGAAAUUACCUCUGCGAAGCAGCAUCCACAGAUGGGAAUUUCCGCAGGACAUACAAUCUGACUGUGCUGGCCCCCCCGAGGCUGAGCCUGUACUGUGAUGAGCAGGGCAGCCCCGUGUGCGAGGCAGCGGCAGGGAAGCCGCCGGCUCAGCUCUCGUGGGUGCCAGACAGCAGCUCCAGUGCAGACAAGAAAUGCCACGACAACGGGACAGUGACUGUUCUCAGCAAGUUCACAGCGUGUAGCAGCAAUGUGACCAAUGUGACGACCUGCAUGGUGUCCCACCCAGCUGGGAACUGGAGCCAGUCCAUAGCCUGCUGUCCCUCAGAGCAGAGUGGAUGCUUUCUUCCCUGUGUCAUCAGCUUCACCAGCCUUACGAGUCUCCUCUUCUUGCUGGCUGCUUUCCAGCUCUACACCUUCUUUAAUAGGACAAUGUGAAACUGGUGCGAACCAAGAAAGCUUCCACCUGCAGAGUAUCUGGGCUUGAACAGAGAUGAAAGAAAGUCCUCUUAUGUGUCACUUAUGUAGCCUGCAGUGAGAACUCAGCAGUACCAGAGCUCUCAGAAGAAGGAAGCAAUGCAGUGCAGUGCAGUGCAGCCAGUGUAAUUGUGUAGAAGCGCAGCAUGCAAGCUGGAUCCUCCCUA